CUGGCCAGAAAUUAAUACAGGGAAGAGUUCUCGAGAAACGAGGGAAUCGUCAAAGCAUCGGCGCUUUCCCCCCUUCCUCCUCCGCUCCAGCAAUGAAGCUCUCCAUCUUCAUCUGCUUUUUCCUCUUCUUCCUCCGUCCAUCCGUCUCUCAUCGCUAUAAUGCGUUGUACAACUUCGGGGACUCCAUGUCCGACACUGGCAACGUCCGCAUCGGCAGGCUCCCUUAUGGCAUGACCUUCUUCGGCCGCGCCACCGGACGGUGCUCCGACGGACGCCUGGUUAUCGACUUCAUAGCUCAAGACCUCGGGUUUCCGUUGCUUCCGCCGUCUUCAGAGUUCUUGGAUCACGACUUCAAGCAGGGUGCAAACUUCGCGGUGGUGGCCGCCACCACACUCGGCUUCGAGUUCUUCAACGAGAGAGGGCUUAGCAAAGGUCUAUGGGUCAACGCUUCCAUUUACAUCCAGGUGGAGCGGUUCGAGAAGCUGUUGCCGACGAUCUGCGGCGCGCCACAAGACUGCAAGGACUUCCUCAGCAAAUCACUCUUUAUCGUGGGCGAGUUCGGAGGAAACGAUUACAGCACCGCGCUCUUCUUUGGGAGACGAAUCGAUGAAGUGAGCACCUUUGUGCCUCAUGUCGUCAGUGCCAUCUCAGAUGGUGUUGAGAGGUUGAUCGGCCUCGGCGCCGUCGACAUCGUUGUGCCAGGAUUGCUGCCGGUAGGGUGCUUCCCCUUGUACCUGACGAACUACCACACACCUGACCCUGAAGACUACGGCCCCAAGACUGGAUGCGGAAGGAAGUACAACGCUCUGUCAUGGCUGCACAACGCAAUGCUCCGGAAGGCUCUCGACCAUCUCCAGCGCAAGUACCCGUCCGUAUCCAUCAGAUACGCGGAUUAUUACUCGCAGAUCAUCGAUUUCACCCUCAACCCGUUGAAAUAUGGGUUCACUGCGGGAGCUCUACGAACGUGUUGCGGGAACGGGGGCGGCAUCUACAACUACGAUCAAGGCCGGAGGUGCAACGACAAGGGCUACACCGUGUGCGAGAAUGUGUCGACGCAUGUGAGCUGGGACGGCAUCCACAUGACGGAGGCCGCUCACCGUGUCAUCGCCACCGGUUGGCUGCACGGCCCCUACGUCGACCCGCCCAUCCUGAGCUCCUCCUCCUCCCAGAGCUGAUACUAUCAUCACCUAUACCUGCUACGUUUCUGCAAGUUUCACACGCAAGGCUUGGCGUCAGCAUUUCAAGGAACGGUCAUUGCUCAUCGAACACCAGUGCAGAUUCUUGUGUCUUGUACGAAGGAAUUGUUACAGGACUGCAACGCUUUAGCGUCUGCAUUCCAUUAUGUUAAUCAUUCGAUCUGAUAUUGUAUUCAUCCCAUAAGCCAGUCGUUGUCAUCCAAGUGCAGGAACGGGAAGGGAAAAUAUACAUCUCUUGAAUUGGUUUCA